AGAAUGAUCGACUUUAAGGCGCUUCCAGCGUUUAUUCCGCCUACAAGAGCGUAAACAAAAUUUACAUCCUGUGCAGGCAUGUCUACGUUUGACGCGCAUUAAUAAUGUUCCAUACACAUGAGAUAUUAAAGAAUAAAAGCUCCACAGAACAGGAACAACACGAGGCAUUUUAUGUAGAACAGGAAAGGCAAACUGGAGUAACUCAGCGGGUUAGGCAGCACCUCUGGAGAAACGGAAUACGGACCCUUCUUCAGACCUGUAUAAGCAGAAUGGGUACUUUGGGCACUCUGACUCUUCGGGUAUUUGAAGCGAUUGUGAGUCCCUCGGCAGUCAACAUUCUCUGUGGCGGGACUCGUGUCCCAUGUUGAUGUUUACAAGCAUGUGAUCCGUGGUCUCCUUGCCCCGCUGUUGACCCAUCCUGUGGUGUUGGAGUGCGUGAGAUUCCGAUCCCGGACAGCGAGUUGCCAAGAUGAAUGUAUCUAUUCCUUAACCAAUGAGCAGCAAUCUCCCUGUAUAAAUAGAGACCAGCACAGGCGUUGCAACUAUUCGGAGUGAGUUGAGGCAGAUGAGGACGAGAAUGCAAGCUCGUUGGACAAGUUUGGUGUCAACGUUUCGUUUGCUACUUUUUCUGUAGUGCAUCAGUUGGUCACGAUUGCAGCAUCUCAGAGGUCUCCUGCCAAACAGUCCUCCAAAUUCACUUAGAGGUUUGAUUGAAGAAUGGUGAAUGUGCAGGAAUGUUCACUUCCCAGCCACCUGUAAAAAAAGACUGAAUAUGGUUGGAUUAAAGCCCCUGGAUGUCCCUCCACCAUCUAGUAUAAAAGUACUUGGUGCCGGGACAGCAGCUUGCAUUGCCGACCUCAUUACAUUCCCUCUUGAUACGACCAAAGUGAGAUUACAGAUUCAAGGGGAAUCUAAAUCUGCAAACCUUGCGAAUGCACUGAAGUACAGAGGGGUCUUUGGUACGAUAGCUACAAUUGUGAAGACUGAAGGAGUGAGUAGUCUCUACAAUGGCCUGGUCGCUGGCCUUCAACGUCAGAUGAGUUUCGCAUCGGUGCGCAUUGGGCUUUAUGACACUGUUAAAGUGUUCUACUCCAAUGGAUCUGACAAUGUCUCCAUUGGUUGUCGACUGCUCGCUGGAAGUACAACUGGAGCCAUGGCAGUCACGUUGGCACAGCCGACAGACGUGGUGAAAGUAAGGUUUCAAGCACAGGCAAACGUAACUGGCAUGGCUAAACGCUACAGUGGGACAUUCAAUGCCUACAGAACAAUUGCCAAAGAAGAAGGAUUUAAAGGAUUAUGGAAAGGGACCUUGCCAAAUAUUGCUCGCAAUUCUAUCGUGAACUGCGCAGAACUGGUGACCUAUGACAUGUUUAAGGAUGCAUUGUUACGACAUACCCUUAUGACUGAUAACCUUCCUUGCCACUUCUGUGCUGCAUUUGCGGCUGGAUUCUGCACGACCAUUGUUGCUUCGCCUGUCGAUGUCAUCAAGACCAGAUACAUGAACUCUUCCCCUGGCCAGUACAACGGUGCUAUUAGUUGUUCCUUUAUCAUGCUGAGAAAAGAAGGUCUAACAGCAUUUUACAAAGGAUUCAUUCCCUCCUUCCUGAGACUGGGCUCAUGGAACGUGGUGAUGUUUGUCACCUAUGAACAGUUGAAACGUGCAAUGGUGAUGGCCAAGCAGUCGUGUGAAUCUCUUUGACCAUCCUGUACUUGCAUUUGCAGACGUUUUAAACUGAAUCCCUUUAAAUCGUGUAUGGAUUUUAAGGUCUUGGAUCUUUAAAGAAAGGAUUUGUAAUGUGAGCAUGUCGCAGGUCGAUGUGGUGAUGUACGUUUAUCAUACCGGGUGAUUUUGAAAAUUGUUUACACAAAGAGCUUUUAUGUUUUUAUAUGGCGAUGAAUGAUGAUUUCUAGAAUAUAUUUUCCUGCGAAGCAAACGUGAUCACAUGGUUAUAAUUUUCAUAGCGUUGCAUUGCAAUGAAACGGGUGUUUCAACCUUAAUGACUAUCAUGCUUAUCUAUAUAGUUCACAUUUGCCUGCAUGAAUUCCAUAAUGUUGGUCGCUGAAGUACCUGUCUAGAUGCCUGUUAAAUAUUGUUGCGGUUCCUGCUUCCACCACCUCUCUUUCAGGAUAUCUCUCAGAGUAGCCCCCUGAUGGUCUCCCCAAUCAACAGUAUAACUCCCCCCCCUCUCUUAUCUCCACCUCGGUUAUGCUAGAAGUAUCAGUAUCCCAGAACAUUGUGCUGCCCAUUCCUUACCAUGUUUCUGUAGCAGCUAUAAUAUCAUAAUUACUCUAAUUUAGAAGGGUGAGAGGGGAUCAUAUAGAAACAUAUAAAAAUUUUAAGGGAUUGGACAGGCUAGAUGCAGGAAAAAUGUUCCCGAUGUUGGUAAUCAGGAACGGGGUACUGAUUUAGGAUGAUCAGCCAUGAUCAUAUUGAAUGGCAGUGCUGGCUUGAAGGGCCGAAUGGCCUACUCCUGCACCUAUUUUCUAUGCUUCUAUUCUAAGUGACAGCCUAUGCUCUGGGGUUUUUUUGCUUUAUCAGUGAGGCAUUUUGUAUUAAAAUGAAUAUAGAUGAGCCUAUCAGCUACCCAUGCUCUGUGUCCUGCCUACUGGGUUUGCUUUGCUAACUUUUAUUACAUUCAUUUUUCUCAUUUGUUACAUUACUACUUUGGGUGCCCUCCUCCUGCCAGACUAGUUUGAUUUCACCAGUGAAUCUCCUAACAAGGACAUUGAUCCUCCUGCUGUCCCUCUUGCAUAGGUCACCACAGGCCAAGAGAUGCCAAUUGUCCUAGUAACUAAAGCACUCCAUCCUGCAGUCACUUUCUUAUGUGGCACAAGGAGGAAUCCUGAGAUUACAACCCUCAAAGACCUGCUUUCUCACCUUCUGCAUAACUCCCUAUGUUUAUUUUGUAGGAUCUAAUCUCUUUUCUUGCCGAUGCCGAUAGUACUAAUGUGGACCAUGACCUUUGGCUUCUCACUUUCCCCUCUCAGAAUGUCUCAUACCCACUCUCAAAACAUUCUUGACCCUAGCACCAGGGAAGCAACACACUAUGGAAUCUUGCUAUCAACUGUUUCACCACAAGCAGAAUUUUGCCACAGACAUUCUGCGAUCAACAAUGCACAGUGACAAAUUUACUUUCUUAUGCGUCUGUGAGGAUUUUAUUGAACCGUUACAGAUAUGCUAUAGAAAGUAUUCUGACGGGAUGCAUGGCUGGUAUAGCAACCGCUCUGCUCCUGAUAUUACCCAGCCUAGCCCAUCUAUCACAAGCUUGCCAUUUCCUUUCAGGCAGUCAAUCUUCACGGUGCAUUGUGUCAAGAAGGCUGGAAUUAUUGUCCACCACCCUAGCCUGUUCCCCUUUUCUCUUCCAGUCUCUACAGGAGUUUGAAAGCCUGGAUAUCCAGACUUAAACAUAGCUUCUUCCCCACUGUCUCCUGAACAUCAUCUCUUUCAGGGAGACACAAAAUGCUGGAGUGACUCAGCGGGACAGGCAGCAUCUCUGGAGAGAAGGAAUGGGUGGCGUUUCGGGUCGAGACCCUUCUUCAGACUUUCUCUUUCACAUCCCCUUUCUAGACGUGUUGCCACAUCCUCUUACUCUCGACUCUACCUCAUUUGGUUAUUACUUAAUUGCACUUUACUUCUUUUUUUUCAGCACGACUUCAGAUGGUACAACAGUUUUUGCACCAUUCUGCAGUUUUACAUUUGUCAUUGCAUGUAUUGUUGUAUCUAUCCUUACCAUGUAUGCUAUUUAUGAGCUUCAUGCAGUCAAGGAAUUUCAUUGCACCUUGGUGUAUGUGGCAAGAAACUAAUCUGAAUCUGUUAUAUAAAUUGAACUGCAAGAUUUUUAGUCUGGCUUAUUUCUCUAUCCUGAAAAUAAUGUCAUUUUUGGUGUUAAUAUGUAAAUGUCGGUGUAAAUUGUAAUUUAUCUUGUCUUCGCCCCACCUGAUUACACCUCAUUACAAGUUGGUUCACAUGAAACGGACUGUCUCAUACAGUGACAUGAUGUAUGAGAGGUUGUAUUUUGUAUAUUCUUACCAAAACAGCCUUUAUAUUAAAGUCUAUGCCUGAUGAAUGGUCCCACCCCGAAACAUCACCCAUCGUUUUUCUGAAGAAAGACUGGAUAGACUCGGCUUGUACUCGCUAGAAUUUAGAAGAUUGAGGGGGGAUCUUAUAGAAACUUACAAAAUUCUUAAGGGGUUGGAAAGGCUAGAUGCAGGAAGAUUGUUCCCGAUGUUGGGGAAGUCCAGAACAAGGGGUCACAGUUUAAGGAUAAGGGGGAAAUCUUUUAGCACCGAGUUGAAAAAAACAUUUUUCACACAGAGAGUGGUGAAUCUCUGGAAUUCUCUGCCACAGAAGGUAGUUGAGGCUAGUUCAUUGGCUAUAUUUAAGAGGGAGUUAGAUGUGGCCCUUGUGGCUAAAGGGAUCAGGGGGUAUGGAGAGAAGGCAGGUACAGGAUACUGAGUUGGAUGAUCAGCCAUGAUCAUAUUGAAUGGCGGUGCAGGCUCGAAGGGCCGAAUGGCCUACUCCUGCACCUAAUUUCUAUGUUUCUCCAGAGAUGCUGCCUGACCCGCUGAAUUAUUCCAGCACUUUGCGUCUAUCUUUGGUAUAAAACAGCAUCUGCAGUUCUUUGUUUCUACGCUAUGUCUAAGUCCAUCUUUAACGAACUAUGCAGAUUCUAAAGAUCCUAGUUUUUACAUUCCGUUAAAUUAAACCAGCCACACGUUCCCAAUAUAUUUAUAACUGCAGUAUCUAACUCACUAAGUACAAAGUCAGUUAGAUACUCUAGUUAAGUAUAUUAUUGUACCUGCAGUCCAUGCUUAAAUAUGGAAGAUAUUGUCCUUGUUGCUAUCAUUGUGGUGCUAAUUUAGUGUUGAGGCUAUUUAGCUCCAGACCUCCAAACCAGGUCAAAUAACCUCAUUUAUGAGGCAAGGCAAUAAUUAUGAUCUAACUCAAAGCAGCAGUAGACCAAAUAUGACUUUAAGAUGAUCUAUACAAAAAGCUGUAAUAGACACUAGGUGCAGGAGUAGGCCCUUCAAGCCAUUCAAUGUGAUCAUGGCUGAUGAUCCACAAUCAGUACCCCAUUCCUACCUUCUCCCCAUAUCCCCUGACUCCGCUUUCUUCAAGAGCCCUAUCUAGCUCUCUCUUGAAAGUAUCCAGAGAACCGGCCUCCACCGCCCUCUGAGGCAGAGAAUUCCACAGGCUCACCACUCUCUGUGAGAAAUAGUGUUUCCUCAUCUCUGUUUUAAAUGGCUUACUCCUUAUUCUGAAACUGUGGCCCCAUGUUCUGGACUCCCCCAACAUCGGGAACAUGUUUCCUGCCUCUAGCGUGUCCAAACCCUUAAUAAUCUUAUGCUUCAAUAAGAUACCCUCUCAUCCUUCUAAAUUCCAGAGUAUGCAAGCCCAGCCACUCCAUUCUCUCAACGUAAGACAGUCCCGCCAUCCUGGGAAUUAACCUUGUGAACCUACCCUGCACUCCCUCAAUAGCAAGUAUGUCCUUCCUCAAGUUUGGUGACCAAAACUGCACACAAUGCUCCAGGUGUGGUCUCACUAGGGCCCUGUACAACUGCUGAAGGACCUCUUUGCUCCUAUACUCAACUCCUCUUGUUAUGAAGGCCAACAUGCCA